ACGAACUGUAUCUCCCUGUCACCCAUACAGAGGACAGAAGGAGGAGGGUUGAAUCUGAAGAUCGUCUUUCCCAUACUCCUUUUCCUUUUAUCCUUUCAUUCGUGCUGUCGCCGAGCUGCCCUUCUAGAGGACCACGAUUACAGUCUCUCCCAUCAACCCUCUCCCCCCGUCCCAUAACCACUACAGCAUUCACCGGCAAUGACCUUCCGCAGACACCAUGAACGGUAUCACGGAGCCGUUACCUGGCCUCCUUGACGAUCCUCAGUUCCAGAUAACUGAUCUACCUGCUCUGACCGAUUUUCAAAUUGCUCCGCUUCGCAAUCCUGCUCCGACUCGUCAUGCAAAUAUCCCUCUCCCUCUCGAACCCUUGACCGAUAAUAUCCUCAACAACAGUCGCAAUAGCAAGAACAAGAAGCCAGUGGAGGACCAUAACGAGAAGAAACGGGGCCCAAAGAUCACGCCAAAUGAUGUUCUGCUGGCCCGAGAAGCGAAGAAGCCGCACCUGGCGAUCAGUGAACUGCUCGAGGCCAACAAUGGUCCAGAGAUUGCACCCACCCAGCUGCCCUCAUUCAUAAGCCUGUCCGUGGUUGAGAGAUCCCCGAUCCAAGCACCCACCUCUUUGCAUCCCUCAAACAAGCGGGCCAGACUUGACGUUGAUCCGGAUCACAUUUCCCUUGACCUGAUCAGACGGCUUCCUCGCCCUGCCCAGAAAGAUGACCGACAGAACCGACCAGCUCCUCUGCUGCCAGCCAUGGUUACUGGCUUACACGAACCCCCACCAUCAGCAGCUUUACUACCAUCAAUCGACGUAGAGUCUCGACCCGCCAUCUCACGGUCUACGACUUCCAAAAUCCAUGUCAAGGACAUACUCACACAGCCCGAGAAUAGUGAGUCGACCGUUGCAGCAUCUCAUCUGGUGACAUCUUCUUCCCAGGAAGUCAAACACACGGUCGAACCACAUGCAUCUAAUUCACAGCCAGACGCCCAGGCUCUUACAGAGUCAGUGCAGCCUGUUACAAUAUGGGACGAUAAGAAGCAAGUACGACGGCCUCGGCGGAAAUGGUCAGAUGAUGAGACUAGAGCGCUCCUUGCAGGUGUUAAGAAGUAUGGUGUCGGGAAGUGGAAGCAAAUACUCGAUGACAUGGGAUUCAACUUUGUUGGUCGCAGCUCCGUAGAUCUCAAGGAUCGAUACAGAGUCUGCAUAACCAAUAAUACCGUGGCGAAGUGCGCUCCUCCGUUGAGCAGGAGCCCGUCUGCUACCGAUUUGCCUGCUGCGCAUGACCUAUCAGGACUACACCAAGACACCGCGUCACCGGAAAAUGUCACACGAGCGAGUCCGCCGGAGGACCUAGAUCACCCUCAAAAACAGCGUCGGAGACGGCGGGCCUGGACCGAUCAGGAAGAUGCAAACCUUCUUCGAGGUGUAGCCAAGCAUGGGUUUCAGUGGACUGCUAUUCACGAUGACCCCGAACUGGAUCUUGGACAUCGAAAAGCUACUGAUCUUCGUGACCGGAUCCGUAACAAGUUUCCUGACGGCUACAGACAUGCAGAAAGCGCGCCACUGAAAUCAGAAGUAAAGAGGGCGGAAAAACGUCGCGCUUCACCAUCCGCGACCACCAGGGUCGACGUGAACAAGGUUGUAACGCCGAUCAAGACCGCAGACAUUCGGGUGAAACUUCCAAAUGCUCCAGGGCUGUCGAGUACGAGUACACCGACCUCAGAACGUGCUGCUGAGGGCCAACCACCUCGAUCUGUCUCACACACGACACUGGCGAUGCUACUCCGUAAUGAUGAGGACGGCGCUGAGCACAAGGACAGAGUUGAGAAGGAGAAAGAAAGAGACAAGGACCAACCUGGUGUAACACUUCCGAGCUUCACGCUCGACGUCGAUGAUGACAUGGACUGGGGGGAUAACACUCUCCCUCCUCUCCACGAAUGGGAGGAAAUUGGAAUUUGACCACCAAAACCAGAUUCCAGCGAAAAUUCAUAUUGGGAAAAUGAGAUAGAAUUGGUAUCACAGGACGGAACUUCGCGCAAAGGAACAAAAGUUUGGACAUGACUCUGGGUUUGGGAUCGGGGAAAAGCUGGACGAACUAAUUAUUACACAGACAUGGGAACUGGGAGCCAAUUGCGUGAUCUAUGGCAGUUGUGCUCGCUGCGCUCACAGUUGGACCAAGAGCUGGAAUCAGGUAUGGCUUCGACGGGACACCAGUAUAUGUAUUGUGUUAUUUUUUUCUUCUGCAAGCGACAAUGAUACCCAAACAAGCGAUGUAAUGGGAUUAGGAAUAUUGGCGCCACUUUUUGCUAAACAUACAAGGGAACAUAGGAGUCUUUGGGUCAUGCAUCGUCGUCUAGAUAUCUGUGAAGCAGGCUGCACGGUAUAGACGAUCAAUUACGAGGAUC